GCUGGGUGGAUGGAGCCAGAUGGGUACUUGUUUCCGGGGUGGAAACAGAUGGUGUCUCUCAGGUCUGAGAAGCCAUUCUUCUCCUGUAGACUCCGUCACAGACCUGGCCACAGUACGGGAGCCGGUCACCCCAGCCCUAACAGUGCCCUGAGGUUGCUGUGACCAUGGCAGAAGCUGCUGCUGACCUGAGCACAGGAGACAAUCUGGAGCAAAAGAUCCUAGAGGCACUGAGUGAAGUCGGUGGCUCUGUGAAGAUUGGCCAGCUGGUAAAGAAGUGCCAAGCGCCCAAGAAAAUAGUCAACUCAACCCUUUACCGCCUGAAGGAGGAGGGCAAAGUAUCCUCCCCAGCCCCUGCAACCUGGUGCUUAGGCAGGAGCGCUUCUGUAGACGAGGCUCCCGCAGUCCCUGAGGACACCACCACUCAGCCAAGUCUCGAUGAUAGAAUUUUCAGAUUCCUGGAGGCCAACGGACCUCGCAGGGCCCUGCAUAUCGCCAAGGCUCUGGGCAUGAAUACGGCCAAAGAGGUGAACCCAGACCUGUACAGGAUGAGAAGCAAUCACCUUCUGAGCUAUGACGGGCAGGCGUGGAUGAUCUAUGACUCAAGUCGGAAAGGUCAAGGGCUGGCUCACUCUGGAACGAGCCAAGAGUGCGCUGCCAUCAUUUACCAGCAGAAUCCCAUCAACAUGAUCUGCCAACAAGGAGCCAGCAACCAUAUCUCCAUCUCUGAGUCAGAAGCCAUCCAGAUCGGGCAUGGGAACACCAUGCUAAGGCAGAUAGCCUGUGCUCAGAGAGGUCCCAGACCCCACCAUCCUCUCCUGCUACCCGCUCCAGAUAACCCCUCUUCUCAGAACACCCCACCUGGUGCCUGGGGAGCUCAGCACAUCCACAUGGAGAAGUCCUUGCUCCGCCGUGUGCAGCUGGGCCACGGCAAUGAGAUGAGCCUUCCGAGGGACCCAGGGCAGCACCCUGCGGAGGAACACCCUGCUGGCAGCUUUACUGGCAGUCCCCCAGUCUCGGCUACCUCUGCUGAUGCAGGAACUUCUUUCCACAUGCAAACACCCGAGCCAGGCCCUCACCCCGAGGGGGUCACCGCCCAGAAAGUCCACAUCAAAUCCUCCUGGCUGGAGGAUGCCACCAUCGGCAACAGCAACAAAAUGACCAUCCGCACUGCUUCACAGGGUGAAGUUGGGGAGUCUGGAAGCAGCAAGGAGCCAAAGGAAGACACAGACUCAAGUUCUAAAGCCUCACCGUGUGGAAGCUGCUCCCACACCCCCAGCAGCUCCACGCUGCUCGUUCCUGAGCUGAGGACCAUGACUCUGGGAGACAGCAGUCCCCAGCCUAGAGAACCUGUGCUUAGGGAGGACGGAGCCUCCGAUACAGGGGGCUGUCGGACUCAGGAAUGAGGCCAGAAAGCAAUGGAGCCAUGGGACCCUGCUGACACCUCUGCCACUAUGAGCCAAACCAGCCUUUCCUGCCUCAAGAUCAAUCAUGAGCCAGCUCUACCAGUCCUGGGUGUUCAACAGAAGAGACAAGCCAACACAGCACACAGAUAGCUGCACAUCCCUGUUGACUGUGCACUGUCUGCAGCAGCUGAGAAAUGGAACCAACCUUGCUGUCAUCAAUAAAGAGUGAAUUAAGGAAAUUCGGAGUAUGCAUACAGCCACAUAAAAUAAUGAGGUUGUUUCAAAUGCUGGAAAGUGGAUACAACCAGAGACCACCAUGCUAAGUGAGUGAAGCCAUUUCAUGUAAUCGGAAGUCUGUGUGUCCCACAGCCACUCUCGAAUAAACACUCAGAGGUUUAUAUUAAUUAUAAAUAAAAUAUAAAUUAUAUCAAUUAUAAAUAAACAUAAAGCCAAUCGCUUGGGCUUAUUACUAACUAGCUCUUACAUUUUAAGCUAACCCAUAUUUCUAUUUAUGCUCUGCACAUGGCAGUACUUUUAUUAGCAUGGCACAUUCACCUCCUGCUCCCUCUGCAUCUGACUGGCGGCUCCCUUCUUCCUAGCAUCCUUAGUUUGGUCACCCAGCCUAUACUUCCUGACUGGCUACUGAACAAUCAGUGUUUUACUAAACCUAUUUGAGUGUCAAAUCUUUAAACUGUACAAGAGGAUUUUCCCACAGCAAUCUCAGGGGGAAAAAUAUCAUGUUUCUCUCAUUUCUGUCUCCUAGAUUUUACAUAGAUUUGUAGAACCACACAGGUGGAUAUGACAUCAAAGUAAAGGUAAAGGCAGCCAGGAGAUGAAAGGGACACAGAAGAGGACAGCAGAAACAGGGGGUGGGGGAGGACAGUAUGUGUGCACAAAAGUGUACCUCUGAAACCCAGAACCAUGCACAGUGCAUAAAUGCCCCAGAUAAAAAGAAAAUGUAAACUCUAAUAUGACUCUAAUAUGUAUAUAUUCCAUACUUUCUUCAUCCAUUCUUCCAUUGAAGGGCAUCUAUGGAAUAUAUACAUAUUAGAGUACUACUCAGCAGUAAAAAACAAGGACUUCUUGAAUUUUGCAUACAAAUGGAUGGAAAUAGAAAACACUAUACUGAGUGAGGUAAGCCAGACCCAAAAAGAGGAACAUGGGAUGUACUCACUCAUAUUUGGUUUCUAGCCAUAAACAAAGGACAUUGAGCCUACAAUUAGUAAUACUAGAGAAGCUAAAUAAGGAGAACCCAAAGAAAAACAUAUAGGCAUCCUCUGGAAUAUUAACCUUCAUCAGGCGAUGAAAGGAGACAGAGACAGAGACCCACAUUGUAGCACCGGACUGAAAUCUCAAGCUCCAAUCAGAAGGAGAGAGAGCACGAGCAAGGAACUCAGGACCGCGAGGGGUGCACCCACACACUGAGACAAUGGGGAUGUUCUAUCGGGAACUCACCAAGGCCAGCUGGCCUGGAUCUGAAAAAGCCUGGGAUAAAACUGGACUCGCUGAACAUAGUGGACAAUGAGGACUACUGAGAACUCAAGAAUAAUGGCAAUGGGUUUUUGAUCCUACUGCACGAACUGGCUUUGUGGGAGCCUAGGCAGUUUGGAUGCUCACCUUACUAGACCUGGAUGGAGGUGGGUGGUCCUUGGACUUCCCACAGGGCAGGGAACCCUGAUUGUUCUUUGG